GUAAACAAUGCCGGCUGCAGUGAGCUAAAGCCUGGGGCAUCUGCUCUACUUCUGGGUGGUGACAGCGGCCCUAGGGUGCUUGUUUGGAUAUGCAGUGGUUGAGCUGUGUCCACGACCCGGCUUUGCCCCAGCCUGGUUCCUCUUGCGGAAUUACUCUUAAUUCUGAGGAGAAACUGGAAGCACAAUGGGAGAUGACAGUGAGUGGAUGAAACUGCCGGUUGAUCAGAAAUGUGAACACAAGCUCUGGAAAGCAAGGUUAAGUGGAUAUGAAGAAGCCCUGAAGAUCUUCCAGAAAAUAAAGGAUGAAAAGAGCCCAGAAUGGUCCAAAUUUUUAGGACUGAUCAAAAAAUUUGUGACUGAUUCCAAUGCAGUGGUUCAGCUGAAAGGGUUAGAAGCUGCACUUGUGUAUGUUGAAAAUGCCCAUGUAGCAGGAAAAACCACAGGAGAAGUUGUGUCAGGUGUCGUAAGUAAAGUGUUCAACCAGCCCAAAGCCAAAGCCAAGGAGCUAGGCAUUGAGAUUUGUCUGAUGUACAUAGAGAUUGAGAAAGGAGAGGCUGUGCAAGAAGAGCUCCUAAAAGGCCUGGACAACAAGAACCCCAAGAUUGUAGUGGCCUGCAUAGAGACACUGAGGAAAGCCUUAAGUGAAUUUGGUUCCAAAAUCAUCUUGCUUAAGCCAAUUAUCAAAGUGUUGCCAAAACUCUUUGAGUCUCGAGAAAAGGCUGUUCGAGAUGAAGCAAAACUAAUUGCUGUGGAGAUUUACAGAUGGAUUCGGGACGCUCUGAGACCCCCAUUACAAAAUAUAAACUCUGUCCAGUUGAAAGAACUAGAAGAAGAAUGGGUCAAAUUGCCAACAGGUGCUCCUAAACCAAGUCGAUUUCUGCGUUCCCAGCAAGAACUAGAAGCGAAAUUGGAACAGCAACAGUCUGCUGGUGGUGAUGCUGAGGGAGGUGGUGAUGAUGGUGAUGAGGUGCCACAGAUAGAUGCUUAUGAGCUAUUGGAGGCAGUAGAAAUUCUUUCCAAACUUCCCAAAGACUUUUAUGAUAAAAUUGAGGCAAAAAAAUGGCAAGAGAGAAAAGAAGCCCUGGAGGCUGUAGAAGUACUAGUGAAAAACCCCAAACUGGAAGCAGGCGAUUAUGCAGAUUUAGUAAAAGCAUUAAAGAAGGUUGUUGGAAAGGACACCAAUGUCAUGUUGGUGGCUUUGGCAGCAAAAUGUCUUACUGGCCUAGCUGUUGGACUAAGGAAGAAAUUUGGACAAUAUGCAGGACAUGUUGUGCCAACCAUUUUGGAAAAAUUCAAAGAGAAGAAGCCUCAGGUGGUGCAAGCCCUGCAGGAGGCAAUUGAUGCAAUCUUCCUUACUACCACACUACAGAACAUCAGUGAGGAUGUUUUAGCAGUAAUGGAUAAUAAAAAUCCAACCAUCAAGCAGCAGACAUCUCUUUUCAUUGCCAGAAGCUUCCGCCACUGCACUGCUUCUACCCUCCCAAAGAGCUUGCUAAAGCCCUUUUGUGCUGCUCUACUUAAGCACAUCAAUGAUUCUGCUCCUGAAGUCAGAGAUGCUGCAUUUGAAGCACUGGGCACUGCUUUGAAAGUGGUGGGUGAGAAAGCAGUAAAUCCAUUCUUAGCUGAUGUGGACAAACUCAAGCUUGAUAAGAUCAAAGAAUGUUCAGAAAAAGUAGAGCUGGUACAUGGUAAGAAAGCUGGACUUGCAGCAGACAAGAAGGAAUUCAAGCCUGCUCCUGGAAGGACUGCUGCCUCGGGGGCUGCAGGAGAUAAGGACACAAAGGACAUUUCAGCACCCAAACCAGGACCCUCAAAAAAGGCACCUGCUACUAAGGCUGGUGGGCCACCUAAGAAGGGGAAGCCAGCUGCGUCAGGAGGUGCCGGGGGCACUGGAACCAAGAAUAAGAAAGGACUGGAAACCAAAGAAAUCGUGGAGCCUGAGCUUUCGAUAGAAGUAUGUGAAGAAAAAGCUUCAGCUGUCCUUCCUGCUACCUGUAUACAGCUUCUAGACAGCAGUAACUGGAAGGAAAGGCUGGCUUGUAUGGAGGAGUUCCAGAAGGCUGUUGAACUAAUGGAUCGAACUGAAAUGCCAUGCCAGGCAUUAGUGAGGAUGCUGGCCAAGAAACCUGGAUGGAAGGAAACCAAUUUUCAGGUGAUGCAGAUGAAGCUUCACAUAGUUGCUUUGAUUGCCCAGAAAGGGAAUUUUUCCAAAACUUCAGCUCAGAUUGUCUUGGAUGGCCUUGUGGACAAGAUUGGAGAUGUAAAGUGUGGGAACAAUGCAAAAGAAGCUAUGACAGCAAUAGCCGAAGCUUGCAUGUUACCGUGGACAGCUGAACAGGUUAUGUCAAUGGCUUUCUCACAGAAGAAUCCCAAGAAUCAGUCAGAAACUCUGAAUUGGCUAUCAAAUGCAAUAAAAGAAUUUGGUUUUUCUGGGCUGAAUGUGAAAGCUUUCAUUAGCAAUGUGAAGACAGCUCUUGCUGCAACAAACCCAGCUGUGAGGACUUCCGCCAUCACCCUACUUGGUGUGAUGUAUCUGUAUGUUGGCCCCUCUUUGCGAAUGUUCUUUGAAGAUGAGAAGCCUGCCCUCCUAUCCCAGAUAGAUGCAGAAUUUGAGAAGAUGCAGGGACAGAGCCCACCUGCUCCAACCAGAGGGAUUUCCAAACACAGCAUAAGUGGUACAGAUGAAGGAGAAGAUGGAGAUGAACCAGAUGAGGGGGGCAAUGAUGUUGUGGAUCUUUUGCCGAGGACAGAAAUCAGUGAUAAAAUCACCUCAGAGUUGGUGUCUAAGAUUGGUGACAAGAAUUGGAAGAUCAGGAAAGAAGGUCUAGAUGAAGUGGCAGGUAUUAUCAAUGAAGCCAAAUUUAUCCAACCGAAUAUAGGUGAACUGCCAACUGCCUUGAAGGGUCGACUCAAUGAUUCAAAUAAAAUCUUGGUGCAACAAACAUUGAAUAUCCUCCAGCAGCUGGCCGUAGCAAUGGGCCCAAAUAUCAAGCAACAUGUGAAGAACUUAGGCAUCCCUAUCAUCACAGUCCUUGGAGACAGCAAGAACAAUGUUCGGGCGGCUGCCCUAGCGACUGUGAAUGCUUGGGCAGAACAGACAGGCAUGAAGGAAUGGCUGGAGGGAGAAGAUCUUUCUGAAGAACUCAAAAAGGAAAAUCCUUUCUUGAGGCAAGAGCUUCUGGGCUGGUUGGCUGAGAAACUGCCGAGUCUUCGUUCCACCCCCACAGACCUCAUCCUUUGUGUUCCUCAUCUCUACUCCUGCCUGGAGGACCGUAAUGGAGAUGUGCGGAAGAAGGCCCAAGAUGCCUUGCCAUUCUUCAUGAUGCACUUGGGAUAUGAGAAAAUGGCCAAGGCCACUGGGAAACUAAAGCCAACUUCUAAAGAUCAGGUACUGGCCAUGCUAGAGAAAGCCAAAGCUAACAUGCCAGCCAAGCCUGCUGCAUCUGCUAAAGCAGCUUCCAAACCGAUGGGAGGGUCAGCUCCAGCCAAAUUCCAGCCAGCUUCAGCACCUGUUGAAGAUUCUGUUUCCAGCACUGUAGAACCCAAGCCUGAUCCAAAAAAGGCCAAAGCUCUAGGAGUUUCCUCUAAAGCAAAGAGUGCACAAGGAAAGAAAGUGCCCAGCAAAACCAGCUUAAAGGAAGAUGAAGACAAAUCUGGUCCUAUCUUCAUUGUUGUUCCAAAUGGAAAGGAGCAAAGAAUGAAAGAUGAAAAAGGAUUAAAGGUGCUGAAGUGGAAUUUUACUACUCCACGGGAUGAAUACAUUGAGCAACUAAAGACUCAGAUGUCUAGCUGCGUGGCUAAGUGGCUACAAGAUGAGAUGUUUCACUCAGACUUUCAGCAUCAUAACAAAGCCCUUGCUGUCAUGGUUGAUCACUUGGAGAGUGAAAAAGAGGGUGUAAUUGGUUGCCUGGAUCUCAUCUUAAAGUGGCUUACCCUGCGGUUUUUUGACACCAAUACAAGCGUCCUAAUGAAAGCCCUAGAAUAUUUAAAAUUGCUCUUCACACUGCUAAGUGAGGAGGAAUAUCAUCUGACUGAGAACGAAGCAUCUUCCUUCAUCCCUUAUCUCAUCCUCAAGGUUGGAGAACCAAAGGAUGUCAUUCGUAAAGAUGUCCGUGCCAUCCUGAACCGGAUGUGCCUUGUCUACCCAGCCAGCAAGAUGUUCCCCUUCAUCAUGGAAGGAACCAAAUCCAAAAACUCUAAGCAAAGAGCAGAGUGCCUGGAAGAACUGGGGUGUCUGGUCGAGUCCUAUGGCAUGAAUGUUUGCCAACCAACCCCAGGGAAAGCCUUAAAGGAGAUAGCAAUUCACAUCGGAGACCGUGACAAUGCUGUGCGCAAUGCUGCCCUCAAUACCAUCGUCACCGUGUACAAUGUACACGGGGAUCAGGUGUUCAAACUGAUUGGAACUCUUUCUGAAAAGGAUAUGAGCAUGCUCGAGGAGAGGAUUAAGCGGUCAGCAAAGAGGCCUUCUGCUGCACCAAUAAAACAGGUGGAAGAGAGACCUCAGCGCACACAGAGCAUAAACUCCAAUGCCAACAUGCUGCGCAAGGGACCAGCUGAGGACAUGUCCUCCAAACUCAAAAUUAUGUAUCGCACUUAUAGGAUCCAAGCCCGAAGCAUGAGUGGGCAUCCUGAGGCAGCCCAGAUGGUUCGCCGAGAAUUCCAGCUGGAUCUAGAUGAGAUUGAAAAUGACAACGGUACAGUUCGAUGUGAAAUGCCAGAGCUUGUUCAGCACAAACUGGAUGACAUUUUUGAACCCGUCCUUAUUCCUGAACCCAAAAUCCGGGCUGUUUCUCCACACUUUGACGACAUGCACAGUAAUACAGCAUCCACAAUCAAUUUCAUUAUCUCCCAAGUAGCCAGUGGUGACAUCAACACGAGCAUCCAAGCUCUGACACAGAUCGAUGAGGUCCUGAGACAGGAAGACAAAGCUGAAGCUAUGUCUGGCCAUAUUGAUCAGUUUCUGAUAGCCACGUUCAUGCAGCUAAGACUCAUCUACAACACACAUAUGGCAGAUGAGAAAUUGGAGAAAGAUGAAAUCAUCAAGCUUUAUAGCUGUAUCAUUGGCAACAUGAUUUCGCUGUUUCAGAUAGAAAGCCUUGCCCGGGAGGCCUCCACUGGAGUACUGAAAGACCUGAUGCAUGGCCUCAUCACCUUAAUGCUGGACUCUAGGAUUGAAGAUCUAGAGGAAGGACAACAGGUGAUCCGCUCUGUGAACCUCUUGGUGGUGAAGGUUCUGGAGAAGUCAGACCAGACCAACAUCCUGAGUGCCCUACUUGUUUUGCUCCAAGACAGCCUGCUAGCAACAGCCAGUUCUCCCAAAUUCUCAGAGCUUGUUAUGAAGUGUCUCUGGAGAAUGGUUCGACUCUUGCCUGAUACCAUCAACAGCAUUAAUCUGGACAGAAUUCUUCUGGACAUACAUAUUUUCAUGAAGGUCUUCCCCAAAGAGAAACUGAAGCAAUGCAAAAGUGAAUUUCCCAUAAGGACCCUAAAGACGCUGCUGCACACUUUAUGCAAAUUAAAAGGGCCCAAGAUCCUAGACCACCUAACAAUGAUUGACAACAAGAACGAAUCUGAGCUGGAGGCCCACCUCUGCCGGAUGAUGAAGCACAGCAUGGACCAGACCGGGAGCAAGUCUGAUAAGGAAACAGAAAAGGGAGCAUCUCGAAUAGAUGAAAAAUCAUCAAAGGCCAAAGUGAAUGAUUUCUUGGCUGAGAUUUUUAAGAAGAUUGGCUCUAAAGAGAACACCAAAGAGGGCCUAGCAGAGUUAUAUGAAUAUAAGAAGAAAUAUUCAGAUGCCGACAUUGAACCAUUUCUGAAAAAUUCCUCCCAGUUCUUCCAGAGCUAUGUUGAAAGAGGCCUUCGGGUGAUUGAGAUGGAGAGAGAAGGCAAAGGCCGCAUUCCCUCAUCAACAGGCAUCUCCCCUCAGACGGAGGUCACGUGUAUGUCUGCUCCCACAAGCACAGUGUCCUCCAUUGGUAACACAAACGGAGAGGAGGUGGGACCGUCGGUCUACCUGGAAAGACUCAAAAUCCUCCGACAGCGGUGUGGUCUGGACAAUACAAAGCAAGAUGACCGACCUCCGCUGACCUCUCUGCUCUCCAAACCAGCAGUUCCCACGGUUGCCUCUUCCACAGACAUGCUGCACAGCAAACUCUCUCAGCUCCGGGAGUCCCGGGAGCAGCACCAGCACUUGGACCUGGAUUCUCACCAGACUCACUCUUCAGGAACCACGACCACGUCCUCGUCCUCCACGGCUAACAUUGACGACUUGAAAAAGAGACUGGAGAGAAUAAAGAGCAGUCGCAAGUGAAGCCGCCCCAGCCCCCGGCACCCCGCAGCUUCAGUUCACUAAACUCGGAGUCCUCCUAGUCGAAGGGCCUUGGCAGGCCUAGCACACAGACUGGCCGGCUGCACACACCGCGGGUCCGGGAGGAGCCGCCGCGGCGCGAGUCGUUGUACAUACUCUGCUUCUCCGCCAGCGCCCUGCCUCUAGAAGACUGUCCGUGUAGUAGUUUAGUGUACAGACUUGUAAACAGCUGCCCUCCUCUCAGCUCCGACUAGUCUCCAUAGCCUUUGUCUUUUAUUUUUAACUGCUCAUUUGUAAAGUCGUCCUGAUCUUUCCUAGCUUUUAACUAUUAGAAACUUUAAUAGUUUUUCCUUUGAGUUUGUGAGCUCUUCUCCCUGUAGCCCUGAAGGGUCACUGUAUUCUGUAUGAAUGCAUGGCAUGAUACAACUAAUUUAAGAGUCUUUUAUAAAUAAAGUUUGCAUUAACUAGAA